UUUUUUUUUUUUUUUUUUCUGAAGCUAGGGUUUUUUCUUGGCUAUUUGCUCUGAGCGUGCUGAUAACGUGUUGUAGGAGAAUGGAAUUGCAUAGCGAAUUGUCUGUUUAUUAUUGAUAAUAAGAGCCCUUAUAUAGGGAGUUACAAGAUACACAAAAGGUAAUCCGAAUACAAUUGAAUACCUAGAACACUUUCCUAUUACAACUCUAAACCCUAGUUUGAGGAGGCACACAUUAUGUCGACAUCCUUCAACACCUUGGGGGUCUCUUAUGUUCUAAACUGUUAAUGGAGGAAUGGGAAAGUAUAUUGAACAGUGACAUGUGGGAGUUCUCAUCCGAUGAGAGUGACAUCCUGCCAUCUCUAUGGUUAAGCUAUCAAGAUCUGCCUCUACAUCUCAAGCGUUGUUUUGCCUAUUGUUCACUAUAUCCCAAGAACCAUGUAUUUCAAAAAUCAGAGUUGAUUCACUUAUGGAAGGCUGAAGAUCUAUUGCAACAUAAAAAAAACAAAAUGGCAGAAGAAGUCGGACAAGACUACUUCAAUGAUCUAAUCUCAAGAUCAUUUUUUCAACUUUCAUCAAGUUCCGAUCACUAUUUCAUCAUGCAUGACCUUAUCAAUGAUUUAGCAAGCUUUGUAUCUAGAGAAUUUUGUUUUAGGUGGGAGGGCAGUGAUUCACCCAACAGUUUGAGCAAGAUUCGUCAUUUUUCAGAUAUGUCAGUAUAUUAUCAUGAUGAAGCUGAUAGCGUAGAGAUGUUUGAGGCUUUACAGCAAGCUAAAUGUUUGCGCACCUUUCUAUCAUUACCACGUCUGUGGAGGAAGUUGCACAAAGGACGAUGUGAUAUAUUGCCAAAAUCACAAUGUUUAAGAGUGCUCAAGUUAUAUGGGCACAAUAUUAAGGAAUUGCCUGAUUCAAUUAACAAUCUCAAACAUCUUACGUACUUGGACUUGUCUGCGAAUCCCAUCAAGAAGUUACCUAAUACAAUUUGUACUUUGUAUAACUUGCAAGUUUUGUUGUUGUCAGGCUGUCCAGGACUUACUCAACUGCCAGCCAACUUGGGAAGAUUGAUCAACUUGAGCCAUCUGGAUAUUACAAGGACAAAGUUACAAAAGAUGCCACCACAAAUGGGUAAGUUGAAAGACCUCCAGAUGCUACCAGAGUUUGUGCUAGACAAACACACUGCUCUGGAUAAUUUGCCAGAGUUAAAGAAGCUUGAAAAAUUGAAUGGAAGUCUUAGAAUAUCAGGGCUUGUGCAUAGCAGGGGUUUGGAGGCCUACAUACUGAGCGACAAGAAGUUUCUUAAGGAACUGGAAUUGGAUUGGAGAGGAAGGGCUUGGAGUGAAGAAGGCAAUAAUACCGUAGAACAAAGAGAAGUGCUUGAGAAGCUCCAACCUCACCUGAACCUGGAAAGUCUUACGAUUGAAGGUUAUGGAGGCAAAAUGUUUCCAGGUUGGUCAGAAUAUUAUUCUUCCUCUGCUCUUGUUUAUCUUAAACUUGUCAAUUGUGAGAAUUGUAUCUCCUUGCCACCAUUGGGACAGCUACCUUCCCUCACAGAGCUUUAUAUAGAAGGGUUAAGGAAAGUGGUAUCCAUAGGUUCUGAAUUCUAUUAUGGUGACGGCAAGACAACUACUUGUGUGAACAAACCAUUUAGAUCUCUACGGGCUUUAAAAUUCUUCCAUAUGAGUGGGUGGCAAGAUUGGUCUUAUGUUGGAGGUGACAAUAAUGAAGGUGGGGUUUUUCCUUAUCUUGAGGAACUUAAAAUAUCAUGCUGUCCCAAUCUUACCGGGAUAUCAGUCUCCCAUCUCUUGUGUCUUUCACGGUAUGGAUUUGCCCAGAAUUCGAAUGUUUUCCGGAAGAUGGAUUCCCGUCAAAGUUAAAAUCACUUGACAUCCGCGAUUGUAAAAAAGUGAAUGCAAAGAGUAUGCAGAAUCUGAACAAGGGUCUUCGAACACUCACCUCUCUUGAAGAUUUAUCACUUGAUUUUGACUGCGACAAAAAAGUAGGUUGGUUUGCGGAGGAGGAGGAGGAGGGGCUGUUUCCCAGCACUCUCACAUAUCUCCAGAUCUGCCGCCUGAAUUGUGAGACCAUCGACGGCGUCAAGUGGUUUGGCCAUCUCAACUCUCUUCGAGAAUUGAUUAUAUUUAAUUGGCCUACGCUCCGGUGCUUGCCAGAUAGUGGACUACCCUCUUCUCUUCAAGACUUGCAGAUUUGGCGCUCCCCUGCUCUGCAGUGCUUGCCAGAUAGUGGACUACCUUCUUCUCUUUCUCGUCUAUAUAUCAGUGAAUGUCCUUUGCUUGAGAAACGGUGCCAAAGAGAGACGGGUGAAGAUUGGCCCAAGAUUGCUCACAUCAAGCACAUACGUAUCAAUAUGGUAAUGAUAUGACAACGACAGAGGGCUUGCGUUCUGAUCAAUUUGGCCAUGUCUCAGAGGGCUUGCUUAUUCUGCGUGUAAGAUCCUAUUGUUUGAACUCGCUUGAACUCAUGAUCGAUGGGUUUGACAUGCAACGACAUGCCAUAUGAAGGAGAAACAGACCAUUUCCAUUUUCUACGCAGUUUCGUGGAAAGUGAGCAAAAUUUCUUGAUAGGCCAAGGUUGCUCGCAGGACCAAUAUUGCCAUGUCUUGAUGUCUGAGUUGUAACUUCUUCUCUGUUGGAGUUCCCUUCCCAUGCUAGACAUCUAAUUAUUGGUAUUAUAAACCGAGCUGGACUCUGUCUUGGAGAAAAGAAAAUAUAGAAAUAAAAAGGGACGUUUCAAUCCUCUAAUAAGAAGGCGUGCUGCUGCAGUUAAUUGGUUUUGGUUAUCUCGUCUCCUCCCUAGAAGACUAGAAGGGUCUGGUGAAAAGAAGAAGUCAUUUUGAUAUAUGUAUUUUCCUCCAGAAGCCUUAGCUGCAUAGAGAGCGUGAGUAUUCCUUGUAAAAGGAGAGAAGAAAGAAAUCAAUCCUUCUUUUACAGCUUUCUUGUGAGUGUGUACCCAAGAGUGUUUCUUUUGAGAGAUUUUCCUCUAGUGAUCUAGAGAGAUUGGUGGUUGUAAAUCCAUUUUCAUAGUGGAAGCUCUUCAGUCUUCAGAGAUUGUCCCAUGGUUUUUCCCUUCACAUUGGAGGGUUUCCUGUUAGAACCACAGAUUCUUCCUCCAAUGAAGCUUUAGUUACAACAAUCAAGUCUCCACCAUUAAUUGAUUUAUCUCCAGCUUGAUAUUGCUAUUGUCAAGGAUCUGUUAUGACUAGAUUUUAGUAUCAGUUACAAGGCUAGGAUUGAGCAGCUUCAUAUUGUUGUAAUUACAGUUUAAUAUGCUUUCUGUAAAUGUAAUCAUGUAUACUGCUAUAUAUAUUGUAAAGAUUGCAAUUGCACAAAUCAAUCAAAAUCAAUUUCUUCAUG